GUGUUGAUAUAUACAGACAAAUAUAUAUAUUAUUCCUGUUUUCCAUAAUUUCAUCACUUUUUCCUUUCGUUCAAUUGAUUUGCAAUCAAUUAAUAAUAUUUUGACGCAAAUCUGCUUCAAAUGAAUCGAUUUGAACCAAUACUGUGAAAAAGGAUUUAAGAAUAUCUUUGCAUCAUAUGAUUGUGCUCUCAAUUGUCAACAGUAUAGCGAUUCAGUGGAGAUAUCAGUGCUAUAAUUGUAGAGAUCACACAACACAGUGUGGGUGUCGUGUCGUUUAGACUGUCUCUCUUUUGCCAAUACAGAAGUGGAGCACAUAUUUGCCAAAGAAGUUCCCUUCACUCACACAUCAUCUGCCGGACCACCGCUCAAGACUCACAUUAAUGGUGCAAUCGCUGGAGGAAUGGUAGAGCUCGACAACAUAGACACCACCUCAGCAUCACAACCAAUCGAAACACAAGUAGUGGUGAUCCCGACAAACGGUGGAACAGAUGAUGUUCCACAACAAGAAGUGGAAGCAAUCGCUAAUACAUUCUUAUCGAAACACUUAUCACAACAACAAAAACUAAUGGCUUUGCACCAGAAUAACGAUAAUAUUCCCAAAUAUGUUGACUCAAACUCUCAACAAAAUAGUUAUAACACAAGGAAUAGCAUUAAUAUAUCCAACGAUCGCUUUUGGUUCGACCAAAACACUGAACACUCGCGAAAUCAGAGCAAACAGUCGGUCAACAUAUCGGCCCUCAAACACGACCACCCGUUGAUCGGAUCGGCCGUCGACAACAUGGCCUCCAAAAGCAGUGGUCUCUGUGGCAACGAAAGCAUUUUAGUGGCAUCUCUGCCGCCAACAGAUCCACAAAUGCUCUCACAAACGGGUCAAUGGUUAGAUGAAAAUGAUUACAUAUGCGAACGGAAAGCCAUAUGUUUGCCGUUUGGGUACUGUAUUGAUGACGAAAAGAGUCAAUUCCACUCUCAAAUACCACUCAAUAUGAAUGACUUCAAGACCUCUAAUGACAACGACCCGGACUGGAUGUGCGACAAUAUGGAUAUCAAUUACAACGGAGUCACUGGUUAUCCUUACUGUGCGGACAAAUCGUUUAAUAUGGAGAAUGUGUUUCAAGUGGACAAAGCGGACAUCAAGACUGGGCCCACAUUGGCUCAGCUGAACGCCAGUGAUGUUUGGGAUGCAUUAGAUUUGGAUGAUUUGCUCGCCAGCGCUCAAAUGGAUGUGAAACACAUGUCCAACAAUAGGUCACGACUCGCGUCUAAUAAUAACUUACGACUAAAUACUAACUUGAGUCUCAAUUCAAUGGAUUACGAAUACGACUCAAAACUUCAGGAAAACAUCGAUUAUUUGACUUCUUUACUGAACAGUUCCAAAAACGGUGCAACACUUCCGCAAUCGUCGUCUCAAACGGUGUCCGCAGACGUCAAACCUCUUCCGACUUCUAGUCUCAACACUAUUGUUAUCACAACACAUACAGUGCCGCAGGAAAUGGUCCAAAACUCACAAAUAUCUGCACAACAGGACCUUAAGGUUAAGAGCAGCACUACUCUGAAUACGAUGCCCACCACAACGGUGUUGAGUAGUCUAUUGGGCGCCCAAACCAUCAAACAGAAGGCGUCUAAUGAUAAGUCACAGCCUAUGCCUCAGACCUCCUCCUCAUCGGCACUGAUCUCUCAAAACAAAAUGGUUUCGAAUAUAAUCGAAGAAAACAAAGUGUUAUCUCGAGUCAGGAAUAAUUCAAUGAGUACUGAAUACAGCGCCUCAUCUCAUGACGAGGGCUUUGCCUCUCAGCCCGAGGACACCGACAAUGAGGACGAAGACAUGGACUCCGACGACGAGUCCUUUUAUGGCGAUUACGACGCCUCGGAUCUGUUGGGCGCCUCCACCUCAGACGACGCCAACAAUAAGUGGUCACUAAAUAUGGGCCGUUCAAGGAAAGGCGGCGAACGGCGAUACUUCUGGCAGUACAACGUUCAGAGCAAAGGGCCCAAAGGGACGCGCAUUGCGUCAGUCGAGGAGAACAGCGAUCCCCAUGUCUUCAAAGAGAUCAGUGAUCCCGUCUUCAGCCCCGACUGUCAGAUAGAAGGCGUGAAACACUCGGGAAAAGCCCGACGCGGAGACGGCAACGACUUGACGCCCAAUCCCAAGAAGUUACUGAUGAUUGGGUUAGAGCUGAAGAAGUUGAGCAAAAUAAUCAACGACUUGACGCCUGUGGCCGAAGUGCCCGUCAGUUCCAGAGGUAAGUCUCGUAAGGAGAAGAAUAAGUUGGCGUCGCGUGCGUGUCGGCUCAAGAAGAAGGCUCAACACGAGGCCAACAAAAUUAAACUCUUCGGCCUUCAGAUGGAGCACAAGAAGAUAAUGUGUGUCUUGAGUGAAGUCAAGAAAAUGGUCCGCAAUUACAGUCAAAACGCGAGUGCCAGCGAAAUGUUGGCCACACAGGCGGUCGAGCGACUCCUCAAACAGAAGGGACCGUUAGUAUCAGUUGCCGGAAAGACCAGUGAUUUCGUGAAUCACAUUCUCGAUAACGUGUCCGCCGGGGUCUCCAACGGCGUAAUCAACGACUUGACGCCUGUGGCCGAAGUGCCCGUCAGUUCCAGAGGUAAGUCUCGUAAGGAGAAGAAUAAGUUGGCGUCGCGUGCGUGUCGGCUCAAGAAGAAGGCUCAACACGAGGCCAACAAAAUCAAACUCUUCGGCCUUCAGAUGGAGCACAAGAAGAUUAUGUGUGUCUUGAGUGACGUCAAGAAAAUGGUCCGCAAUUACAGUCAAAACGCGAGUACCAGCGAAAUGUUGGCCACACAGGCGGUCGAGCGACUCCUCAAACAGAAGGGACCGUUAGUAUCAGUUGCCGGAAAGACCAGUGAAUUCGUGAAUCACAUUCUCGAUAACGUGUCCGCCGGGGUCUCCAACGGCGGUUUGGAUAAGAUUUAA